CGCGCAGCCCGGAGAUGCUGCUGCUGAUGUUGGCGAGCGACUGCAGCAUCCGACAUGGGCAUCCUCUAAUCCAGCCGCGGCACAGUGACUUUUUCUCUCACCAUGUCGGGAAAAACUAACAUGGUGUUCCACUGAACUGGAAACAGAGGCCCAAACAGAAGGAUUACAACAGGUCUUCUUCAAUCAAAUGCAUAAGGAAUAAUUCCACGUCCAGUAUUCCAGACCAUUUGUUCCCCGACCAAGCCAGUGUAGAUCUUAAAAACAUCAGAAAACCUCUAUCUUGCGCUCUUCCCUGAGAAUUUUGCAUCGUUAAACUUCAUAAUGAGCGGUCUGGCUGUGAAACUGGACCCUCGCAGGGUACAGUGGGGCGCAACAUGGAACACUUUUGCGACCCGUGUCCUGAGGACCAAACCUGUGGAGUCCAUGUUGGAUUCGGCCACGACGGGCACCAGCUCACAUGGGACCAAGUUGGCUCGGGUGUUGUCCACCGUGGACCUGGUGUCGCUGGGCGUGGGCAGCUGCGUCGGGACGGGGAUGUAUGUGGUCUCUGGGCUCGUUGCCAAGGAAAUGGCCGGUCCGGGAGUCAUUGUGUCAUUCAUUAUCGCCGCUGUGGCCUCCAUACUCUCAGGAGUGUGCUAUGCUGAGUUUGGCGUACGCGUGCCUAAGACGACAGGUUCGGCCUACACAUACAGCUACGUGACCGUGGGCGAGUGCGUGGCUUUUUUCAUCGGCUGGAACUUAAUUCUGGAGUAUCUAAUUGGCACUGCGGCAGGGGCGUCGGCUCUCAGCAGCAUGGCGGACUCUCUGGCCAAUCACAGCAUCAGCAACUUCAUGAUUUCACACAUCGGCACACUAAAGGGCUUUGGUAAAGGAGAGCAGUCAUACCCAGAUCUGCUGGCACUUCUGAUAGCCUUGCUGGUGACUGUGAUCGUGGCUUUAGGAGUCAAAAACUCUGUUGGCUUUAACAAUGUGCUGAACGUCAUCAACCUCAUCGUGUGGGUGUUCAUGAUGAUCGCUGGACUGUUCUUUGUUAGUGGAGAGAACUGGGAUGAGGGGAGAUUCUUGCCCUUCGGCUGGUCAGGGGUGAUGCAGGGAGCAGCCACCUGUUUCUACGCCUUCAUUGGGUUUGACAUCAUUGCAACGACAGGAGAAGAGGCCAAGAGUCCCAACACCUCCAUCCCCUAUGCCAUCACUGCCUCUCUCAUCACCUGCCUCACUGCCUACGUCUCCGUUUCUGUCAUACUCACCCUGAUGGUGCCAUACAAUGAGAUUGAUGCCGAUGCCCCACUGAUGGAGAUGUUCGCCGCACAUGGCUGUAUGUUUGCCAAGUAUAUCGUGGCUGUGGGGUCCAUUGCUGGACUGACUGUUUCCCUCCUGGGGUCCUUGUUUCCCAUGCCCAGGGUCAUCUAUGCCAUGGCAGGAGAUGGUCUUCUAUUUAAGUUCCUGGCCAAUGUGUCUUCAUACACAGAGACCCCUGCUGUAGCUUGUGUGGUGUCGGGCUUUCUGGCUGCCCUGCUGUCCCUGCUGGUCAGCCUCAGAGACCUCAUAGAGAUGAUGUCCAUAGGAACCCUGCUGGCCUAUACACUAGUCAGCCUGUGUGUUCUACUCUUGCGUUACCAACCUGAAGGCGACAUCCACGGUUUCGUGAACUUCCUCUCUGAGGAGCAGAACAAGAAGAGAAAGGAAGGUGUUCUGGCUGAGUGUGAGAAAGACGCCUGCUCACCAACCAGUGAAGCCGAUGAGUACGGAGGCGCGCCCACCAACACCUGCGGAGCCAAAAACCUCCCUUCUCUGGGAGACAACGAAAUGCUGAUUGGAAAGCCAGAUAAAAACGCGUACACUGCCAGCCACCCCAACUAUGGUACGGUAGAUAUGACCACUGGGAUUGAAGCAGAGGAGUCGGAGGGAGGGGUGUCCCGGCGGCUGAAGAAGCUGAUUGGACCACGCUAUUAUACCUUGAGGAUUCGACUGGGCCUCCCAGGAAAAAUGGACAGGCCAACUCAAGCCACAGGGAAAACUGUCACUAUUUGUGUGCUGCUGCUCUUCAUCUUCAACUUUGCUUUCUGCUCAUUCAUCAUUUUUGGAGCGAGCAGUAUAGGCGAAGGUCGUUGGUGGGCGUUGCUGCUAUUAAUCUUCUUCAUCAUCGUCAUUGCCCUUCUGGUUAUCAUCAUCAUUCAACAGCCUGAGAAUCCAAAGCGGCUGCCCUACAUGGCACCUUGCGUGCCAUUCGUACCUGCUUCCGCCAUGCUGGUCAAUAUCUACCUCAUGCUCAAGCUAUCCGUGAUCACCUGGAUACGAUUUUCCGUCUGGUGCUUCGUGGGUGUGCUCAUCUACUUCGGCUACGGCAUGUGGCACAGUACCUUGGAGAUCACCGCCAGAGAAAACGAGGUGCACGCCUCCACCUACCAGCGCUACGAUCAGGGUGUGGACGAGGGCUUCUGCGGCUUCGAUGACGAUUUCUACCCGCCCACCACCGACACCUGGGCUGCACCGGCGGGGGAGUCAGGGGUGACGUCACCCCCUAAGGCCAAACCCGAAAGUGAUGGGAUGUCAUCGACGGGUGGACGCCGAACCGUAGCUAACAAUGGCCUUGCGGAGGAGGAUCCGAUGGAUUUCUGAAGGGACUGGACUUUGUGUUACCCUGAAUGUACUGCCUUGUCUGCUGCCUGGGGGAGGGGAGGGGAACAGUGUGGGUGAGUGUGUGAAUGACUGUGUGUGUGUGCAUGCCUGCAUGUGUGUGUUUGUCCGUGUAUCUAACCCUUGGGCUAGAUUGUUUCUGUGCAGGGGAACAGCUUGUUUUUUACCUUAUUCGACAAAGCUCUGCACGCCGCUCCCACACAAACGCGGUCAUCAAGGUCAUGAGCUUCUCGACACAUUCACUUGCCGUUCACUCACGUUGACAUCCCACGCAAAGAGAGGCCACUUAGAAAAGUGCAGACGAAGCAAGAGAUAAAUUGUGGAUUGUAGCGCUGUGAAACGAGUGAUAUUACGUCCUGAGAAACGUUUUAACUGUUUAUAGCUACACGGGAGAGAGGAGGGUGAUGAGGGCGAUGAUGGGCCAGAUGGAUCAACAGCUGUCUUCCUGUUUCAACACAGACAGACGGGAAACUUAGAUGACAGCAUGCCAAACCCAGAUGACUUCCCGUUGCUGGGUCUGACUUUCUCUGCUAUCUUUUUAUGAGCAACACAGUGAAACAUCUUUUCAUAAAAAAAUAAAAUAAAUAAAAAGAUUUAAAAAGAUUUUCUUCAAUCUAAACAUCUAGCCCAAGGGACUUAGAAGUGGAUUUGGAAAAGGAUGUUGGUGUUUUCUGUGACAAAUAGUACUUGGACUUUGCUUGCAAUAGUGCCUUCAUCUACUGUACAUGUACGUGGGUUUCUGGUUCUGUCCGUUUUCUACUUUCGUUUUGCCUGUGUGUGUAUGGGGGUGGGGGGUGGGGUCUACUGUAGGUGCACUCAAACGCCACAUUUACAUUGAUUCUUAUGUCUCUGUGCGUAUAAAGUGGGUUCUUCAGACUGUUUUGUAUGUGUAUAUAAGGCAUACGUAAAUUUCCCCGACUCUGCUCAGCAUGAAGCCCAAAAUCCGUCCACCUGCAGGAAAGCGACUCGUGGUGCAAUUUGAUAUAUGUUCACUGGCGUACCCUGAUAUAGAGGAAUAGAGCGGAUAACAGGACAGAUUUAAGCUUUCAGCUGACAGCCUACAGGGUUUUAAUGUCAUAUUUGAGUCUCAUUUGAUUUUUAUUAUCAGUUCAUUCAAGGAAAUGUAUUUUUUUCAUAGUACAAUUGUUCUCCUUUCUUACUCCUUUUGAUUUUUCUGCACUUUAUCUCUUUCGGCUUUGAUCACACCUUUUGCUUUUCCAAGCUAACUCUUCCUUUUAUCCGUUUGCCAUCUACCUCCCACCUCUUCCCAUCAAUUGGGUCAUUUUGUCAUGGAGUUGCCACUCAGAGACGCAUGUAAUAGACAAGGGAUUGGUUUUCAGUCUGGAUUUCUAAAAGCGAUCUGCUCUCUACCUAGCGAUCCGUCCAAGCGUGUCUUCUGUCUCUCCUUUUUGAUUCGUAACUAGAGCAUUCAUAUCUCACCCAGGCCCACGGCAGCCUUGGUUUCCCUCUGUGUCAUCAGUUUUCUUGUUUGUAGCUACUAGUUGUUGCAGCACCCUGAAGUGUUUGUGACAGUCAUUCAGAUCGAAGCAUGAGCAUGUGUGGUUGUGGUGAAGUAAACCUGCUGAAGCUGUGGGAUUGAUUGCAUUUUAUUGAUGCAGGGCCAACAGUUUACUUGUAAUAGAAACCUCUUGGCAUAAAAGGUAUUGUGCAUGGUACCUCUAUGGGAUUUUUCCAUACACCAAAUAGCCCACAAUUAUGUCGUUUUUAAGUUUGAGUGUCAGGGGUUGGUCCUUUUUAAAAGCUUCUGGUGCUGCUUUAACCUUGAUCGUUGCUGUUGUACGUUUCCCUUGUGCCCCCUGUUGCUGCAUCAGUCCCCUCUAGGGAGGCCUUAUUUGUCUAAUGCACUAAAUCUAAAGAUGCCACGCAAACUUCCCACUGUACGUACCUCUACCCCUACCAGAAUAUCCUCAUUACAACAAAAAGAAAAGGAAAAAAAAAAGACGCCUUUGGUGUGGUUCAGUAAAAUUAUUUGCGACAUGCAUGCGCGCUCUUAAUACAACUCCCUCUUGUCACAGGGGUUUAUGCUCAUAUUGGGCGACUGGGUGGAACAUUCUUGUGAUCUGGAAGGUUCUCAGAUUUUCAUGACCGUAAGCUGGAGACGACAUCAAAGGCUGUGGAGGAGCCAAAAUGUUCCUUCUUUUUUUUUUUACUUAUAGUUUGACUUUUUAAAACAAACUAAUCUCAACCAGAAAAUAUAAUUUGGUGUUUUUUUAAAUAUUUUAAUUACAUUUUUUUAAUAACUUAAAGUAGACAUCAGAUGGCCGUAUUCAGUUAUCUAGGGUCUUCUUCAGGAGCGUUGUGUCCAACCUUCCUCCAAACAGUUUUGAAUAAUUUAAGAAUGAUAACGAAAAUACGAUAAAACAACUUCCUGUAAAGCUAGAAUCCACUUUGCUUUAUGAAAAACUUAAACUGGAAGAAAUGCAACAACUAAGAUUACAGGCCAACGUCUCUGUUUGGGUGACUUGUAAAAGUAAUCCAGCUGAAGCUGGGAAAUGUUUGUUGCCCGAUCACAGCUGAAUGCGCUUGUCCUCCAAGACACGAUGGAGACAAAACCAAAGCAGUUUGUACGAAGCAAAAGGUGAUCCCUUUUUCCUUUUUGUGCUGUUAGAAACUUUCCCUUUUAAAACGAACGAGGUGUCCACUUCUGUAUCUUAAAGGCUGGGUAGAGAUGUUAGGGGAAAAAACAGUAAGAUCUAAAGCCAUACAUCCAGAUGACACCAAAGGACAAUACCAGUUCACUGAAGAAAAGAGCUUGCCAGACAAGCUAAUGGUUUAAGGACUUUGUUGGGGUCACUUAAGCCCCGUUUCCAAUGAGCGGUCCGGUACAGUUCAGCUGAAUUGAUCAACUCAAUUCAGGUGAGCGUUUCCACUUCAAGUCUGCUCAGUAGAAAUGGGUCUUUAUAAUGAUUGGCUAUGUUUUUAUCACGUCCAUAGGUGAUUGAUAGUUUUUGUUUAGACUUACAAGCGUUUAAUGAAUUGCUUGCUAUAGGUGUGUAAAGAGGAUUUCAGGUAAUAUAGCAAAAAGAAAAGGAACGUUUUACAAAAACAAUCUUUUACCCAACCUUCAACACUAGACUGGCUACAUCGUCAGUUUUCUUUGGAUUAGUUCACACAUCAUCACACGUAGCCAAAAGCUGUCCUCAUGAAUGAACACUGUCCCUUUUAACCUGACUAAUAAAGGCAAUCCCCACUUUAUGAAAAAGUUAGUUUUAGUCCUGAAAUAAAGUUGUGCACAGCAGAGUUUGCAACACUUUGUUUAUUUUGCCAAGAAAUUCAACAACAUCGGCAAGAAUUCAUUGUUGCAUUUUGAAAGACUUAGAGAUAAGAUAAGUCAGAGCACGGAAUAGCAUGCUAGUGACCCUAGCACCUACAAAAAUUACAUUUGAAAAAUAUAAAAAUACAUAUGAUGCUCAUAGACAACAUCGUGUUUUAGCCCAAUUACAGUAAGUCAGCUUUAUCUACUGGUCAUUAAUCCAGUUAACAAUAUAAAUGCUGUACAUGAGUAUCACCCUAACAAAUGUUUUAAAAACUGCCAGCACUAAGCAUGAUGAGAGGUUCUGCAGAAUUCACAUGUGCUAAAACAUUUGCACAUUGUACAUCACACACUUUAGGUCCUAUUUAGUGAUCCUCAGCUAAAAUACUUGACUCACCCAUAUCACCUACUAACAGCCAAAAUAUUCAAAUGCCUGGGAUUCGCAGCUCAGCCAAAACUUUAAGGCUGAUUCAGAUCAGUACUAUGCCUGCGAAACCCCACUGUACAGUCAAUUUUAUACAUUUACGACGCUGUGUGUGCGUGUGUAUGAAUAAAGAGCGUGGAUGCAUGUGCAGUACAGGUGUGUGCGCUUUGAUGUGUUCUUGUGGUCUACACCUGCGCUUCGAUGUGACCGCCUGGUUAAUGUGUAGCAUGCCGUCAUGCACGAGGCCCCCUGACUGUAAACGUUGGCACUUGCAUGUGGUGACUGAUUGCAACAGGACAUGAUGGAUACUAAACCAAAACCAAAUGCAGACUUGGUUCUUAUACCCGGGAGUCUCGGCCUCUAUGCUCUAGAAGGAUGUAACAAAUGUUUUACAACUGUUAAGCUUCAACCAUACCAAAUAUCAAGGACUACGUUCUUGGUUUGCUACAUUGCUGCAGUUUGUGAUUUUUCAAAAUAGAGUGAGCGAUUCUAAGUAACUUUUAACCCAGAACGCUGUUUGUCACAUUCAUUGAACAUCUCCUCCUUUCUGCUACCUGCAGUAUAUUGUGAAUAGAUAAAAAGGAAGAAACAUGGUAAUGGUACCCGGCCCUGGCUCCCCAUCCAGAGACUUGAUCAAUCAAUCUGAUCAACCUACUGCGGGCUACUCAUGAUGUGUGCUUAAAACUAACAUCGUUAUGCUUUACUCAGACCAAACUUUUAACCCAACCACUACAACUACUACAAUUCACCCUAAAGAACCAUAAAAUUAAUUUUUGUUGUAAUCAUAUUAGUCCUAACCUUAACCAAGAGGUAGGCCUAAACAUAACCAAGAGAAAUCUAAUCUCCUUAUCCCACCGUUAACCUAUAGCCUACAUCUUGGCCCUAAUGAACCCAGACUCUAAUACUAAACCAAAUUUAUCGUAAAUUAAUCCUGACCACAUUGAUUCUGAAAAACUGUUCCAAGCUAAACCUAGUCCCUAGUCCCCCCCACCCCCACCCCUUCAGAGUUCAAUCACCUCAACAAAGCAUUACCUACCUUCAAAGUUCAAAGAUGUUCCUCAAAGGCGUCCAGAUAAAUGACCAAUACACAUAAUAAUACGGUACCAAGAACUGCAGAUGAUUCGUGCUGGCCAGUGUGCUUCCUUUGACUGAAAUUGAAAUUACUUACCCUGCCUUUAAGCCAAUGCUUUUCUUCCACUUUGAUACAAUGUUAUUUUACAAAAAAUGAAUCAUAUGAACUAGAAGAAGAGUUUUUGAUUUCAAUGUUUUUGUGUCUCUCUCCCUCAUUAGUCUCCUUACUCAAGUGUGAGAGCCAGGGCUCCCCUUUAAAGGACUAUGUAGCACAAUUCCAAACAGGAGGAACGACUCCUCUCACAUCCUCCCUCAAACACCCACAAUUCGCUUCCAUCCUCUCAACCGCAACCUCUGCAAGCCAAAGUCCACUAUGUUGGUUUACGUCUCACAUGCAGAAGACUGUAGUUUCUUCAAAAAGAGCACUUAAGACGCUAACAGUUUUUCUUGGGAUGGUCCGUCAAUAAGCUACCCUACCACAAGAAGAUAGAUUUUCCUUUAUUAGAGUAACUUGAGUCAACAUUCAGUAAACUUCCAAGCUCGUAUUUCAUUGAAAACUGAAAGUAUUAGACCCAUGAAUACAGAUGCAAUUGUCCUGCGCAUGACAGUCAAAAGCACUAACGGAGGAACGAACUAAAGAGAAGUAUUUUUCUACAGCUGUUUUUCAUCCGCAGACCCUCCUUGGGUGGAUGUGCUCUGUUGAGCUGGUUAUUAGUCUUCACUUUAUGAGCUGUGGGAGGCCUGGAGAAAAUCCUAAAAAUAUAUUUUUAACAACCUUAGUCUCUCUACAAAGAUAAAGCUGAUUUAUAAACCUUAAUCCUUUCCUUUGAAAGAGUUUGAAAUGGUUGCCAUAGAUGUCCGGGAGAAUUUAGAAAGUUUAGGAGCACUACAGGAAAAGAAAAAAAAAUGCUAAAAUUAUUUUAUUAUAAUUCUAUAAAGGCUAGACUGCAAAUGUAAUCAAGUAUUGCCACUAUUGCUUUUAAAGUCAGCUACUAUUUGUUUAUUUUAUCUUUGAGAAAGCGUGCCAUGUUCUUCCUGUGCUGUGUGUUCGCCGUGGCCAAGUGUCCAGUCGGUGUGUGUUGGACUUGUUGGGAUUGGCUUCUCUUGCAAACACUUUUCUCUUCUGUAUAUUUUGGCACAACGCUGUGUAAAAUUGUUGGUUUAUCUGUUUGUUUUUUAAAGGUUUCUUCCAUAUGUGUGGUUCUUUUUGCUCCUGGUUGCACUGUUUUUUCUGCUGAGUUGUUGAUAUUGCUUCCAUGCAACAAUGAAAGUAAUUUAUUG